UCACUUUUUCCACUGCUACUCAGGCCCUCCAUGACACCAUCAAAAUGAACACAAGAACUGACCACUGAAUGACAAUAUAUAAACCCUGAGAAAGGAGCUGGCAGUAGACACUUUCUGCUCUGCCUUGACACACAAGCCACAGCGAUGAAGCUCCACACCGCAGCAAUCCUGCUCCUCUUCUGGCUUGCCAUCUUCACUGUGCACACCGUCAAAGGGAGUGCUAGUAGUCAGUCCAUGCAAAAAUUCAGUUGCGCAGUUUUGUCUCCAAAGAGGUUGAACAUCCGAAAUCUUGUGAGCUAUGAAAAGAAACAAGUACCAACAGAAGCCAUCAUGUUUAUCACUGCAGGAGGCAUCAAGAUCUGUGUAAGUGCUAAUCAGAAAUGGGUGGAGACUGCUAUGAAGAUAAUAGAUGGAAGACGUACUGCCAAACGCAAAUAAUCCAAGCAUCCAAGGCCAGACAGCUGACAUCAUCAACAGUGCUGCAGAUAACAGCUCACUAUCUGCUUUUAUUUCCUAUUUAUUAAGUGCCAAUAAAAUCUUU